GUGAUAUAUACCCCAGAUUGACAAAUGGUUCUCUCCAGGGCCAAGACGCAAAAGCCUAUCAACUUAGCAGCCAAGCCCAGAGACGAAUCCUUUCGGCUUUGUCUGGGCACUCAGCACCCACCGUGUUCACCAGCCCAAGUGGGGAGUGGGAUUUUACCUCCCGGUCAGUGGAUGGAAGAAGUCCUCCCAACCCUAACUUACCCAUUCAGGCUGCUCGGGUUUAAAUCAAGCUGCACCGUGCCCGAAAAGGCAACUGACCAGCUGCGUUGCCCUGUAGGUCAGCUUGCUGGCUUUGCUCGCUGGAAGCAGAAAUCUGCUCGGCACUUGCUUACUGGGAACAAUGCAGGAAGCUCCAGCGAGGGGAAUUGCGUCCGGCAUAUGAGUCAAGCAAUCGCAUCGUUGCUCUUCCUUUUCCAUGCAAGGGAUCCAGCAAAGACCACCACCACCACCGCCAGCAGCUGCCUUGUCAAUCUCACGUAAUUUCACGCCCGCUGGAGUGGGAGCUCGGUGGUCGUUGCAGUUAGCGGCGAUCAGUGCGCCCCUCACCCGAUGCUCUUGAUGCGGGCUGACAAUUGCAUUGCUUUUCCAAGAAUAGCGCUUCCUCCGCGCCCAGUACGGGUGACCAGGAGAAGCAUAUAUUCAUGUUUGCCUGGAUUCGUAUUGAUAGCACGGGGUAUGUCACCACAACAUAUUAAGUUACUUUGAUAGAUGUU